AAUACAAACUGAAAUGACAUAAAUUUUGCAAAAUAUUAAAACAGGAAGCGAAAAAAAAAAUCCAAUCUUUGAAGAUACAAUCCGAUUUGCUGAAUUUAAAACAAAAACACCGCCACUAUAUGCAGCAUCUGCAUCACAAGAAUCCCAUUUAUGAUGCAAUUGUAACAAUUUCUCCGAGUAAAUAAUCGAAUUCCUGAGGGAAAAAGGGGGGUGAAAUACCAGGAAUUCAGAAGCUGAAAAUCCUCCAAUUCUCUUCGUUGAAGACGACAAGCUCCGGCGAGCAUUUGUUAUCGAUAUGAAGUCUACCAGCAAUUCAAAAGGCAUCAUGGAGGACAAUGACGAAGAAGAGGAGUUUGAGCAUUUUGAUGAUUUUACUCUUGCCUCGUCAUGGGAAAGGUUCAUUUCUGAGAUAGAGGCUGUCUGUCGACAGUGGUUGGCUGAUGGCCCAAAGAAUCUAUUGGCAAAGUCUGCUGUUCAGGUGAAUCAGUUGAACAAUUUGUACAAGGUCAAAUCUGAGUUCAAGUAUGCUGCGAAAAGUUAUUGCAUGGAGUACUAUUUUGCUACAGUUGAUGAUGGUAAAAUCCCUGAUUGGGAUCAUGCAUUGCACGAUCUGCAGCUUUCAUUUGGGGUGAAGGAGUUUGUGGUGAUUGCUCCACAAAGUGCAAGUGGUGUGGUUCUUGAUGCACCAGAGGCAAGCAAACUUUUGAGUGCAGUUGCGAUUGCUUUGUCCAACUGUUCAUGCCUGUGGCCAGCAUUUGUUCCUGUACAUGACUCUUCGCGUAAAGCAUACAUUGGUAUUCAAAAUAUGGGAACCGUUUUUACUAGAAGGUUUGAAGCUGACCGCAUUGGCAGCCAGGUUCCAGUAAAGCUUAUGCAUUUAGAAGGACUGUAUGAGCUGUUUGUUUCCAAGUUUGCCUAUGCUGCCGUGGACUGGUCUAUGAAUCAUUUUGAAGUCCAUUUUAAGAUGAAGCUAACCUACAGAACUCCCAUGUAUGAUGAUGAGGAUGAAAUUCCUGAUCCUGAUGCUGACAUCACAGGAUCAAGUGAAAAUCCUGAGGGUGAGAUACAUGGGAAAACUCAAUGGGACGAGGAUUUUCCUUGGAGCAAGUGGUAUUCUGCAGAGGACCCAGUAAAAGGAUUUGAGUUACUUGCCAUAUGGUCAGAGAUAACAGCUGAAAGUUCUCUGGAUAUGGCUGAACUUGAGAAUGCCUCACCAAUAGAAGCUGAUAAGUGGUUCUUAAGUCCAUGCCUAUCCGAGCAUCUUAGUGAGAUUUCUGAUGGAAGCACUAUUGGAUUUGCGUCCCAGCUGCAUCUUUUAGUUAAGGCACUGGAAAUGUCAUCAGAGGCUAAGUUUAUUGAGGACUUUAUAUCAGGUUCUGAAGCUUUGAAGUCUUCAGCAGUUGUACCUCCGCCGACAGUUCUUGAUCGUGUGCUGAAAGAUCUCUUUCACGAGGUUUCAGAGACAGAGAUGAAUUCCUCUCCAACUGAGCAUAAAAAUUCUCGAUCCAUUAAAGGCGCUCCGCAGGAAUCACUCUUCGCACAGUUUUGUUUGCAUGCUCUUUGGUUUGGGAACUGUAGUAUACGGGCAAUUUCCGUACUCUGGAUAGAGUUCGUGCGGGAGGUGCGCUGGUGUUGGGAAGAAUCACAACCACUACCAAGAAUGCCAUCAAAUGGCCCAAUCGACCUGUCCACUUGUUUGAUUAACCAGAAACUGCACAUGCUUGCCGUGUGCAUCGAUAAAAAGCAUAGGGAGGCUGAAGGACAUUUUGUUGAUGCAGAUGAAUCUAUGGCUACUCAGGAAGAUCCUCAGAGUCCAACAGACAUUUCUUCUUCUCACGGAGCUAGUAAAGAAGGUUCUGGGCCUUCUGGCAGGAAAGAUGAAGAUCCUCAGAGUCCAGCCGACAUUUCUUCUUCUCACGGAGCUAGUAAAGAAGGUUCUGGCAGGAAAGAUCAUAGCAAUAACGCAGCUAAUGUAGCAAAGUCGAUGAUGCUUCUGAAGUCGCGCAAGAUUAUGCAUGCUCCAAUCACCCUGGAACCACCUCCUAUGACGGAAGACAUGCAUGAAGAACGUCUGAAAGCUGCUGUAGCCUUGGGUGAUUCAUAUAGCUUUUCUGCUCAACUCGAAACGGAAAUUUUGGCCUCAGAUAUGUCUGCCUUUAAGGCUGCAAAUCCAGAUGCUGUCUUCGAAGAUUUUAUUCGAUGGCAUUCACCACGGGACUGGGAAAAUGACAGCAAUGGAGUGUCUGAAUCCAGUACGUGGCCUCCUCGUGGAAAGCUUUCGGAGAGAAUGUCUGAUUCCGGGAACUCAUGGAGAAAGAUCUGGAGCGAAGCCCCUGCCGUGCCUGCUUCUGAACAGAAACCACUUUGGGAUCCAAAUAGAGAAGGCGAAAAGGUUCUUCAUUAUCUGGAGACUCUAAGACCAUAUCAACUGCUGGAAGAGAUGGUCUGUGCUGCCUUCAGAGCAGCGGCCGACACUCUUAAUCAGACUUCGUUCGGGGAUUUAAAGCAGAUGACCAUAAAAAUGGAACAAUUAUACAUAACCAUUGCAACAGUGCUCAAAAUUUUCCAAGCACAGAAUACGGCCAGUGAUACCGAACUUCUCGAGGACCUCAGGAGGCUAUGCACUACAUUCAAACACAUCGAGAACUUAAUUCUCCUCGCGGCAUCUCUUCAUGUCAAAUUCUUGCAAUCACCACACCUCGGACAAGCAAUCUUCAACGAUUGCUUCAACUUCUACCUCCCAAAUAUGGGAACAAGCUCUGCCGAUGCCCAAACUGAUACCCAAAGGGAAUUUGACAAGAAGCAGCAAAUAAGGUCACACGAGAGGGAUCUAAUCAUCAGCAUGUUCCCACCACCUACAGCAAACCAGUCAUGGAGGAAAGUAUUGAGUAUGGGAAAUCUCCUCAACGGCCACGAGCCGAUCCUAAGGGAGAUCAUAUUCUCUAAGCGUGACCGUGUGAGUGGAAGCUACUACGCUGCCUCGAGCCCGAAGUUCCAUCAACACGACAUAGAAACCUACAGAAUGUACGUAUCCGGAACUUCGAAUGAUCUUGGGGUUGCACUUGCUGUUGCUUCAUUUGAUUAAAUUGCUUCUACUCUAAUUUCUCGAAUUUGCAUCGAGACACCAGAGUGUCGUCUAAAAUAGAUUUGAGAUCGGGAUAUCAUCAAAUACGAGUGAUGGCAGAUGUUUAUUAGACUGCAUAUAGGGUGUGUAUUCAACCUUUCAUGAUGUCAAAAUGCUGUGUACAUAUUUUGGAUGUGUUUUAAUGUGGUUUUGCAUUUUUUUUAUAAAAUAUAAUUUAGU